AAUCAAACAACUUUGCUAAAAUUUUACUAAGUAUCAUUCAAUAUGGAAGCAAGAAAGAUUAUCCUGUUGGCACUUUCACUAGUGUUGGUGCUGAAAGUGGCUCGGAGUUUUGAUUACAAGGAGGAGGACUUGGCUUCGGAAGAGAGUCUCUGGAACUUGUACGAAAGAUGGCGAAGCCAUCAUACUGUCUCUCGUAGCCUCACCGAGAAAAAUCAGCGUUUCAAUGUUUUCAAGGAAAACUUGAAGCAUAUUCACAAGGUGAACCAAAAGGACAGGCCUUACAAGUUGAGACUCAAUAAGUUUGCUGAUAUGACCAAUCAUGAGUUUCUCCAACACUAUGGUGGCUCCAAGGUUAGUCACUACAGGAUGUUCCAUGGUUCUAGGAGGCAAACAGGGUUCGCACAUGAGAAUACUUCUAAUCUUCCUUCAUCAAUUGAUUGGAGGAAGCAAGGAGCUGUCACUGGAGUUAAGGAUCAAGGCAAAUGCGGAAGUUGUUGGGCAUUUUCAAGCGUAGCUGCAGUGGAGGGUAUUAACAAAAUCAAAACAGGAGAAUUAAUCUCUCUAUCUGAGCAGGAGUUGGUUGAUUGCAACUCUGUGAACCAUGGUUGUGAUGGAGGCUUAAUGGAACAGGCAUUCAGUUUUAUUGAGAAGACUGGCGGAUUAACAACAGAGAAUAACUACCCUUAUAGAGCCAAAGAUGGAUACUGUGACUCAGCCAAGAUGAAUACUCCUAUGGUGACUAUUGAUGGGUAUGAAAUGGUACCAGAAAAUGAUGAGCAUGCAUUGAUGCAAGCUGUUGCCAACCAACCUGUGUCAAUUGCAAUAGACGCUGGUGGCCAGGAUUUUCAGUUCUACUCUGAGGGAGUCUACACAGGAGACUGCGGGACAGAGCUAAACCAUGGGGUGGCACUGGUGGGAUACGGAGCAACUCAAGAUGGAACCAAGUAUUGGAUAGUGAAGAAUUCAUGGGGCAGCGAAUGGGGAGAGAAUGGAUUCAUAAGAAUGCAAAGAGAGAAUGAUGUGGAGGAGGGACUGUGUGGUAUAACUUUGGAGGCAUCCUACCCUAUCAAGCAGCGAUCAGACAUUAAGCAACCACCUUCCUCCGGCAAGGAUGAGCUCUAGUUCAUAUAUAUGCAUGCCCAAAACAAAAUGUUCCUUAAUUAUUAGCCUCUUCUAGUUGUGUGUUUCUUGAAGUUGAAUUCCUUUUAGUAUUACAGGUUGUGUCUUAGCCUAGAAAAUGUGCUUCUAUUUGGGAACUAUCAUAUGUAAUAAUAAUAAUGUCUUAGCGAAAUGAGGGUAAUUUGCCUAGCUGGCAUUAUAUAUCAAUUUGAUACUAAGACUUUAAUUUGAAUCAA